CAUCCUCAGGAUGGACCUCAUCCUUCUCUGUGUGUUCCUGCCUCUGGUGACCGUAGCAUGGGGCCAAUAUGGUGACUAUUACUACGGUCCCUAUAACUACGGAGAUAAUGAUGAAUGGGUCAAUGUGUACCGGCAGGGUUUCAACUUCCAGUGCCCACAUGGGCAGGUGAUCGUGGCUGUCAGGAGCAUUUUCAACAAGAAGGAAGGCUCAGACAGAUUGUGGAACUACGCCUGCAUGCCGGCGGCACAGAGCCUCGGUGAGCCGACAGAGUGCUGGUGGGAAGAGAUCAACAGGGCGGGAACCCAAUGGUAUCAAACCUGCUCAAACAAUGGGUUGGUGGCUGGUUUCCAGAGUCAGUAUUUUCCAUCUGUGCUUGACCGUGAAUGGCAAUUUUACUGCUGCCGCUAUAGCCGGAGAUGCCCAUAUUCAUGCUGGUUAACAUCAGAAUAUCCAGGACACUAUGGAGAAGAUAUGGACAUGAUGAUGUACACCUAUGACUAUUACAUCCGUGGAGCAACCACAACUUUCUCUGCUGUGGACAGGGAUCGUCAGUGGAAAUUCAUUGUCUGCAGGAUGACAGAUUAUGACUGCCCAUUUCAAAAUGUUUAAAGAAGAUUGACCAUACCCCACUUGAAAAGCCCAUGGAUGGACAGGGUGGGAUGAGGGUCAGUUAUUACAGGAGAAGGGCAAUUAGGCUUACAAAAAAAGUACCAAUUUCAUCAGCUGUCUGCUGAAGAUAUAGUUUUUUCCCUCUGGAGGUAAUAAAUAAAUUUCCAGGCCAAAUGCUUGCAACAGAGAUUUUGGAGGAAUCCUUCAAGCUGCACUGGCAGUUUUAUCCCCCAACUAAAAUUGCUUACGAUAUACAUGUUUAUGAUAAACAAGUCUAUGGCAUAUGCACAGUUACCUUUUAUAUAUAUAUAUAUAUAUAUCCAUUCUGAACACAUACAACUUCCUUUCACAUAGCAACUUUGUAUAAAUUGCUUCCCAGCACACUCACUCCCAAUGAGGUGGAAACAUACUAUAAGCUUUUUCAGUAUCCACUGGACUUUACUGUCUUCUACUUUGUACUUGGAACCAACUCUGUGAUCCUAACAGUUUCUCAGCAUUUAGUAGCUGAAAGGGGCAACAGGAGGCCUCUGAUGUGCUGCAGCUGAUAUUAUCUGUUAUAGGCCUCAGCAACUCCAUUGUGACAAAGGUCUGCCUGCACAGGGUAUUUACAACACUGGAAGAUGUCAAUACCUGAUUAAAAUGAGAGUAGAUCCAUCAAUAAAAACAGAAGCCUAACUCAACUGUAAUGAGAGUCUUUUUUAUAUUGUCUUUAAAGCCUCUAAUGAUAUAAUUAGCCAGGAGCCUCUGCUCUGGGCAAACCAAGGAGCAGGUCAGGCCACUGGCACUCUCAGUAAGUGUGUAUACUGCACUUGUCAGGAGGAUACUUUUCAGGUGGAUUGGGUUUCCACUAUAUGUGCCUGUACAACAUCCAUCUGCCCUUAGUUAUAUAUUCUUGGCUUAGAAUAGACAAAUAAAGCUAACAACUUAGGUGACCUCCAUUCCUAUAACUUGCAAAUCGCGUUCCCUGGAAAAGUAAAAACUCACCAUGUUUCAAGACUGCACAACACUUGUGUAACUGUAAUAAUCCAACAAGACUAUUUAUCUCUUCCAGGAUGACCUGAGGUAGGAUUUUUGCUCUUGAAUAAGCCAGGAUCUAGGGCUCCAUUUCUUAGCUGAUGAAGUCAAUGGUAAACUUCGCAGUGGCUUCAGUGGUGCUGGCUCAAGGGCCAUGAUGACCCCAUGUACCAAUUUAAGGUUGUAAAGUUUCACAGAAAACAGUAGUGUCAGCCAGUCAGUUUCCACAUUACAAGCAUUAUUAACUUAUUUACCAACAUACUCUCAAAGUGUUAGGAUUAAAACUACACUUGUCCAAUAAAAGAAUAAUAGGUUUUG